CAUAAAUAAUGAGCAUUUUAGAGCAACUCUGUUCAAAACGAAAGUAAGAGCUGCGCGAAAGAAAAACAGAAGUUUAACAAGUUCAUCAAGCUUUUAAAUCAACUUUUCAAAAGAACGAAAUAAAUGCAAGAUGGAAGGGCCUUCCUCGUACAUUAAUGAUGUGCCAAAAUACCCCCCACAACCACCUGGUUAUCCCUCGAUACCACCUGGUAACCCGUCACAACCACCUAGUUAUACCUUACCACUACAACAAGAGCAACCUGGACACCCUUUUGGUUAUAUGCCUCCCCCUCCGCCACCUAUAAAUAUGUCACAACAAGUACACAAUACAACAACCGUCGUUGUACAAAGUCAGCCUCAACAACAAAUCCAUUUGCUCGCCCCAGUAAAUGACAACUUCUUGUUGUCUAUUGUUGGAUGCUUUUUCUGUUGGCCCAUCGGAGUCGCGGCAAUUCUCAAAUCGAUCGAGUCAAGAAAUCGCUACGGCAAUGGCGACCACGCGGGGGCAACGAAGUCAGCACAAAAUGCAAGACUUAUAUCCUGGUUAGCAAUCGCUUGUGGUGGCAUUAUAUACCUUUAAUUAUAAUUAUAGCAGCAGCAAGAUAGACUAACAACAUCAACAACUGAGCCAUAUAUACAUCUGGAGAUGUUUGUGUGUACAUAUAGAAUUGGCAUGCGAGAAUAUUAGUGAAAUUUAACUGUAAAAAGUUUAAUUAAUUGCACAGUUCAUUUAACUAUGAUACAUCAUCUUUUAAAUUGUUUUAACUUUACUCCAUCAUUUUGCUGUUUAAAGCUUUUGAAUUUCAAUAAUUGUAUGAUUGCAUAGUUGAUAUAAUAAUGAAAUAAAUAAUUAUACAUAUAAGUAAUAAUUGCAUUGUUGAUAUGGUUAAUGCAACUAUAAUAAAUUCUAUAGCUUUAGCAGUUAGCUGUUGUAAGCUUUUGCAUUUCAAUAAACUUUAGAUUGUAUAUAAUAUUUUGCUAAUGUUUUAUCACAUACAUCAUUUAUAAAAUAGUUUAUUUUAAUGUUAAGUUCAUAAUAAAGUCAAUCCGUUAUGAAUGAUCA